UGAGAAAAUACAUAUAAAUUUAAGGAGAAAUCCUGCAAAUUGAAUUAUGAUUUUAAGAGAAAGAAAUCAUUAAGAAAAAUCAAAUAAAGUAUGAUAAGGAUGAACAAUUUAUAUAAUAAAGGAAUUUUAAAUAUUUAAGAAUAUAUUUGUUCGUUUUGUAUUGAUAAAGAAGUAAAGAAAUAGAAAGUGUUCCAAUAUCUAAUGAUGCAUAAUAAUAAUAAGAUAUAUCAGAAAAGGUUGGUAAAAAUUAGAUAGGAUUAAAGUAUUUGAUAAUGCAAUUUUCAAAUAGAUAGAUAUUAAUUUAGAUUAUGUUAUUAGAGUUGUAAAAAAGGUACGCAUAAAAUAAAAAUAAUAAUUCUUAGACAUUAGCAAAGAGAUAGACAUA